UUUACGGCGGGGCUCUCGUGGGGCGCCAUGGUGGAGGAGGACUGGCUUGGCGUCGAGGCGGCCGUGAGCGCCAGCGAGGAUGAGGGGGCGGAGGAGGAUGACGAACGACGGCAUCAGCGGCUCCUGGAGGCAGUUAGCUCCCUCUCCGGACAGAAGCGGCGGAAGCUGGUAGAGCGUACAGAGGCAAGCGUGCAGGUAUCCGAGUUCAACGUCAGCUGCAAAGGCACUGGGGAGAAGCUGGUUCUGUCUGAGCUCCUGCAGCCUAUCAAGGCCAAAUCUGUGCUGAGCAGUGUGAAGAAAGAGCUGAACAGAGUGAAGCAGAAAAAGGCAGUAGAGCUACCACUCAGCAAAGAGGAGGCAGAGCGGGUCGUGAGAGAAGCUGCCUAUGUUAGGACCUCUAAAGAUAUUGGCAAAUGGCAACAGGUGGUUUUACAGAACCGACGAGCAGAGCAGCUGGUUUUUCCCAUGAAGCAGGAGGUUGUGGCAGUUGCACCCCUGGAGCAAGUGGUUUCGGCUUGGAAGCCCCGGACUCCUCUGGAGCAGGAGAUCUUUGGGCUGCUCCACAAAACGCAGCAGCCCAUCACAGACCCGCUGCUGACACCACAGGAGAAAGCCUCGCUGCAGGCGAUGAGCCUGGAGGAGGCUCGACAGCGGCGAGCAGAGCUGCAGAAGGCUCGGGUCCUGCAGUCAUACUAUGAAGCCAAGGCUCGUCGAGAGAAGAAGAUCAAGAGCAAGAAGUACCAUCGAGUACUGAAAAAGAGCAAGAAACGCAAGGCCUUGAAAGAAUUUGAGCUGCUGCGGAAGUCAGAUCCUGAGGCUGCCUUGGCAAAGCUGGAAGAACUGGAGCAACUCAGGAUGGAGGAGCGGAUGAGCCUUAAGCACCAGAACAAGGGGAAAUGGGCCCGCUCCAGGGCCAUUAUCGCUAAGUAUGAUCUGGAGGCCCGCAAGGCCAUGCAAGAGCAGUUGGCCAAGAAUAAGGAGCUGAUGCAGAAAGUGCAGGUGGAGCUGCCUGAGGAGGAGCCAGGCGAUGUGCUUGCAGAGGACCUCGUGCCAGACUCUGUCCCUGCUGUCCGCGUGGAUGCCAGCGCAGCUAAUCCCUGGAUGCUGGGCAAGCCCAGCAGCCCAGCCAAGGAGCCUGAGGUGCAGGAGGACCUUGGAGAUGUUACAGAGCCUGCUGCUGCAGAGAGCAAGGAGGAGAUGUCAGAGGAGGAGAUGUCAGAGGAGGAGGCCUUGCUACAGGACUUUGAGCAGAAACGGCACGUGCGGCAACAGCAGGCAGCGAGCCCUAAGCUGCAAGGUGCUGAUAAGACAGAGGUGGUAUCUGAGCUGCCAGAGGAUAUCUCCGUCGACCCCAUCUGCACCAAAGAGCAGAUGAGCAUGAGGAUCAAGCAGGUGCAGGACAAGGUCUUACUGUUAGAGCAGCCAAGACGUUUGCAGACAAUGGAGGAUAUCGAGGCUUUGGCUUUGGAGGAGUGUGCAGAAGACCAAGAAAUACCAGUGGCCACAGGAACAGGGAAGAGAGUGCACCAGCAGGAGGAAGGCAGAGCUGAGGAUAGGCAAGCCAAGAAACCAAAAGUCAAGAAGAAGAGGAUCAUCAGUUUGCAGGCCGUGCUAGCUGGAAAGUCCCAGGAGAUCCAGUGCCCCAGCCUGCCCGUGGCCGUGGAGGAGGAGGAGGGUGGCAUCGACCAGAGAGGAGUGAUCACAGAGGCCUUUGCCGGGGACGACGUGGUCGCUGACUUUCGCCAGGAGAAGCGUAAGGCAGAGCAGGCUGGGAAGCCACAGCCAGUGAACUUGGUGCUGCCAGGCUGGGGCGAGUGGGGAGGCACAGGACUAAGGCCCAGCAAAAAGAAAAUGAAACGGUUCCUGCUCAAGCCACCUCCAGCACCUCCCAGAAAAGACCAACAAUUGCCCCACGUCAUCAUCAGUGAGCAGCGCAACAUCCACGCAGCAGCACAUCAGGUCAGCGAGCUGCCUUUUCCCUUUGAGAAGCACCAGCAGUUUGAGCAGAGCAUCCGGACACCUGUGGGCCCCACAUGGAACACACAGCGUGCAUUCCAGAAGCUGACUGCCCCACGCAUUGUCACUCGAGCAGGCCACAUCAUCCAGCCCAUCUCCGCUGAGAAUGUCCCCUCUCUGGCCACAGCAGCCAGCAGCAGAGCCAAGGCAGCACUCGAGCUUGUGCCCAAGCAGAGAGAACAACUCUCUCGGCCCCUUCACCCGCAUAAGAGAGCCCGAUAGCUCUGUGCUCUUGUGGCUGCUGUGUGGACUGGCCUGUGUGCCUGCUAGGGGAGCAGAGCAAGGGGCUGGUGCAGUGACAGGGCUGUUGCUGUGCUGCAGCGAGGUUCGCUGUCACGUCCAUUAUUCACUAACACUUCCUCUGUAAUAAGAUGCCUUGUCAGUGCAGUGUGCAUUGCUCCCCUGCCAGCGCCCUUGGGCCAGGACCACAGGUGCCUUGCUUCUGUUUCAGUCCCUCCUACCUGUGCUCAGGGACCUACACGGGGCAGGAAGAGUGAGAUGGGUGAGUGGUACUGAUGCAAUGAGAACUCGCUUCAUGUCAAGCCCAUGAGGUACAGCUUGUGGCUGGAAGUGCAUAAAGGAGAUGGAGCAGGCACAAGUGCCCUGCCAGUACAGGGCUGGAUUCACCCUGCCCCUCGUUCCUCUGUUUUUCAGAGCCCAGUUUUAUAUGUAUUUUUUUUAAUCUUGUUUCAAUUGGCUUUCCUACUGCCUGCUCUGCUAAGCCUGUCCUCAGCAGAGUCUGGCCAUGUUGGACCACACCUCAUGCCCUCCUGCUGCUCAAAAGUGACUUCUGGCUGUCUCUAAUAAACCUGGUUAAGUGGAAAA